ACCGCUGCUAUUGUGCGUCUCUCUUUUACUCUUUCCCGCGCGGGUUGCACCUCAUCUUCAGCUUAACUCUUCACAUUUCUAACAGGAUACAAGGCCUGCUGCCUUGGACUAGGAAGGACUGAAAGACUGGGUGCUGAAGGACUCUGGGAAUGAAACUCUAGCGAGAAAGGAAACAGCUGAAAGAAGGAGCCCAAGUGUUUGAUUUGUGUGCGAAGGCUUUGCAGAAUCAUGGGGCACCCUCCUCUGGAAUUCAGCGACUGUUACCUGGACAGCCCCAAUUUCCGGGAGAGACUCAAGUGCUAUGAACAGGAGUUGGAGAGGACCAACAAAUUCAUCAAAGACGUGGUCAAAGAUGGCAAUGCGCUUAUCAGUGCAAUGAGAAAUUAUUCCUCAGCUGUUAAGAAAUUUUCCCAAACACUGCAGUCCUUUCAGUUUGAUUUCAUUGGAGACACUCUGACUGAUGAUGAGAUUAACAUUGCUGAAUCCUUCAAAGAAUUUGCUGAAUUGCUUAAUGAGGUAGAAAAUGAGAGGAUGAUGAUGGUGCAGAAUGCUAGUGAUUUGCUGAUCAAACCACUGGAAAAAUUCCGAAAGGAACAAAUAGGCUUCACCAAGGAACGGAAAAAGAAAUUUGAAAAAGAUGGUGAGAGAUUUUAUUCAUUGCUUGAUCGACACUUACAUCUGUCUUCUAAGAAGAAAGAAUCUCAUUUACAAGAGGCAGAUCUCCAGGUGGAUAAGGAGAGGCAAAAUUUUUUUGAGUCUUCUCUUGAAUAUAUAUAUCAAAUCCAGGAAGUCCAGGAGUCCAAGAAAUUCAAUAUUGUGGAGCCAGUUUUGGCCUUUCUUCAUAGUCUCUUCAUUUCCAACAGCUUGACCGUAGAGCUCACACAAGAUUUCCUUCCAUACAAACGGCAGCUCCAGCUCAGUUUACAGAAUACACGAAAUCAUUUCUCCAGUACCCGAGAAGAGAUGGAAGAACUUAAAAAGAGGAUGAGAGACACUCCCUUGACUUGCAAACUUCCAGGACAACCAACAAUUGAAGGCUACCUCUAUACACAAGAGAAAUGGGCUUUGGGAAUAUCCUGGGUGAAAUACUACUGCCAGUUUGAGAAACAGAACAAAACAUUCACCAUGACGCCUAUGGAGCAGAAACCUGGUGCUAAACAGGGACCCUUGGAUUUAACUCUGAAGUACUGUGUGCGAAGGAAGACAGAUUCCAUUGACAAGCGAUUCUGCUUUGAUAUAGAAACUAAUGAAAGGUCUGGACCUAUAACUUUGCAGGCCCUUUCAGAAGCUAAUAGAAGGCUAUGGAUGGAGGCCAUGGAUGGGAAAGAACCUAUCUAUCACAGCCCAGUAUCAAAACAGAAAGAGAUGGAACUGAAUGAAGUGGGAUUCCAGUUUGUUAGAAAAUGCAUCAAUGUAAUUGAGACCAAAGGAAUCAAGACAGAGGGAUUGUACCGUACUGUGGGCAGCAAUAUUCAGGUUCAGAAGCUGCUGAAUGCCUUUUUUGAUCCUAAAUGUUCAAGAGAUGUUGAUUUUUACAGUAGUGACUGGGACAUUAAGACAAUCACCAGCUCUUUAAAAUUCUACCUCAGGAAUCUUUCUGAACCUGUCAUGACUUAUCGACUUCACAAAGAGCUGGUCUCUGCAGCUAAGUCUGACAGUUUGGAAUACCGUCUUGGAGCUAUUCAUUCUCUAGUGUAUAAACUACCAGAAAAGAACCGAGAAAUGCUGGAACUUCUUAUAAGACAUUUGGUCAAUGUGUGUGAACACAGCAAAGAGAAUCUUAUGACCCCCUCCAACAUAGGAGUAAUAUUUGGACCAACUCUGAUGAGAGCUCAGGAAGAUACUGUUGCUGCUAUGAUGAAUAUCAAGUUCCAGAAUAUUGUGGUAGAAAUCCUAAUCGAGCAUUUCAUUAAGAUUUAUUCUGGUCCACCUGAAGAAAGUAUUGCACCACCUGUUCCUCCACCUCGAGUAACAGCAAGAAGGCACAAACCAAUUACAAUUUCAAAGCGUGUUCUCCGGGAAAGGACAGUUUUCUACAUGUCUUCCAUGGAUGAAAAUGAAGACAUAAUUCUACAUCAAACAAACAAUGGUACUAUAAUCAGCAGUAUAGAUCAGUCUAAGUUACAGCAGUACCCCAAAAUGUCUACUCUGAGAAGUGUGGAAGCUGAUGCUGGGAGAAUAUCCCCAAGUGGACCUGUUUCUGAUGACAAACUAGAGCCCUGUCCUGAAGUGGAUGUGGGGAAGUUAAUGUACAAGCCCCAGGAUCGAGGAUUGAAGGCCCUACCAAAAUUCGUCAAUGGACCUGUGUUAGGAUCUGUACCCACCAAAACUCCACCUUUACAGAUAAAGAGGCCAGCUCCCCGACCUCAGGCUUGCCAAAAGGAAGGAGACUCUGACAGUUUCAGCAAAGUAUGGCCUCCAGGAGAAAAACUUUCGAUCAUACGACCCCCAGUGAGACCUCCAGAUCCUCCGUGCACAGCAAAGACUUCCCCAAAACCAGAGACAAAACCAGAUAUUAUAACUAGAAAUGCAGAAGAUAUCCCAUCAUCUAUGGUGGCUUCAAGGACCAAGUUCUUUGAAACAGCAUCCCAGAAAACAAAGAGUUUUCAAAGCAGACUUCCUGGAGAAGAAAGUUGAAAUGACAGGUUUUAAAAUCACUGGCCUCAAGUGAAAUGUUCUGGAAGUAUCUUCUACAAACCUUUUUUAUGCUGAGUUAUUGUUCUGAAGAACAAACAUCAUUACCUGUCCUGCAACUUCAGGCCAUGGGAUGUUAAAAUAUAAGGGAAGGGACACAGAAUUUUUUCUAUUUAUAUUCUAUAUUCAUUUCCUCAGAAAGUAUACAUUGAGGCCUGGAGUGGAGGCGCAGUGCGGCUGACCUAGAACGGAUUGCGGUUCAAUCCCCCGGCGUCCCAGAUGGUCCCCCAAGCCAGAAGCGAUUUCUGAGUGCAUAGC